AUGCGGACUGAUGAAGAAAAGGCCUCAAAGGGCGCCGCGGACCAUGUCGAUGAUUUGAAGCAGGUUACUACCGCUUACGUUGAUGAGGAUGAAGAGUUCUCGCGCCAGCAGCAGCGCAAGAUCAUCCACCGCAUCGAUGCGCGGCUGGUCGUCAUUUGUGGUGUGGGAUACCUCGUCAGCUUGAUGGACAGGACCAACACCUCUGUGGCUGCCAUUGCUGGCAUGACCAAAGAUUUGGGUCUAAAGAUAGGAUUUAGAUACUCAAUUAUUGUCCUGCUGUUCUUCGUCACAUACAUCAUUGCUCAACCCAUAGCAACCGUAGCCAUCAGAAAAAUUGGCCCCAGAAUAUUCAUUUCCUUCAUUGUUUUCACAUGGGGUGUCAUUCUGAUAGGGUUUGGCUUUGUCAAAGAUUGGCAGCAAAUGGCUGGCCUGCGAGCACUGCUGGGUUUCCUCGAAGCUGGUUUCUUUCCGGGAACAGUAUACCUCCUGUCCACCUGGUACUGCCGACAUGAGGUCCAGAAGCGGUACUCGGUCUUCUACAUCCUCGGUGCAGUCGCCGGUUCUCUCUCCGGCAUCCUUGCAUUCGGCCUCAGCCAGAUGGAAGGUCUCCAGGGCAUCCGUGGCUGGAGAUGGAUCUUCAUCAUAGAGGGAGUGAUUUCCAUCCUCGUGGCUAUCCUCAGCUACAUCUUCCUAAUUGACUUCCCGGACCGAGCCUCCGGAGCAUGGGGAUUCCUAAACGAAAAGGAACUCGCCUUCGUCGUGAGACGAGUCAACCGUGACAGAGGAGACGUGCACGUCGAGCCUUUUACCCUGGGCAGAUUCCUCCGUCCAGCUCUCGACCUGAAGAUAUGGGGUUUCGCCCUGAUCUUCUUCUGCUCUACCACCGUAACCUACGCCAUAGCAUACUUCCUUCCCAUCAUCCUAGUGGACGGACUAGGCUUUGGCGUCGGCGAGUCCCAGUGUCUGAUUGCACCUCCCUACGCCUUUGCUGCCAUAGUGAUGUACACCUCUGCCUACGUUGCGGAUAAAUACCGUAUCCGCGCACCCGUCAUCGCAGUCAACUCGCUUAUUACGCUCAUCGGUCUGCCCAUGGUGGGAUUCGGCAAGGGCAGCGCCCUCCGCUACACCGGGGUCUUCCUCGCCACGGCCGGAGCGAAUGCAAACAUCCCUUCUGCCAUGGCAUAUCAGGCCAACAACAUUCGUGGCCAGUGGACCAGAGCCCUGGCCAGCGCUACACUCGUUGGCUUUGGAGGCAUCGGUGGCAUCGCGGGCAGUCUGGUGUUUAGAUCCCAGGAUGCGCCGGCAUAUAUACCCGGUAUCUGGGCUGCAAUCACGUAA